UCGGCUGGCAAACCCAGUCGGUGGGACAGUGAUGCACGUUUCGACGGUGACGGAACGGGUGGCCCCGGCACGUGGCAGACGAGUCAAUAUGGCGGCCAUAUUAAAACAUAUCAGCAGCAGCAACACCUUGACGCAGAUACUCGUCCCUAUCACACUGCUGCUGCUGACAGUGAUGCCGUUCCCGAUGGUGUACGGUAUCGAUUGCUUUAAGUGCGUUUCAAUGAACGGUGCCAAUAAGGCGUGCGAUGAUCCUUUCCACAACAACUACUCGGCGGCCAUUCUGGAGUCACCGUGCAUGGGCGGCCGGAAGGGCCGGGAUGGACUGUUUCCGGCCACAUCGUGCAUUAAAAUUGCCGGCUAUUAUGAUGACACCGGCGAAACGAUAACCGUUCGUGGAUGCGCUCUGGACAGUGGUACGCUGACGACGGAUACCGAAAUCAUUCGCAUGUCACACUGUGGACGAUUCUACUACGAUGAUAGAUACGUGCACGGGUGUCUGCAGAGUUGCAACGAUGCGGACGCCUGCAAUGCUGCACCGAGAGGUUCAUCAACCCUGUGGCUUAUCCUGCUGGCCGUUAUCGGAUCACUGCUGGUGUCAGCAACACUACAACCGUCCGGGUGGCAUCGAAUCGUUAACGGAAGCUAACAAAGUGACCGAAAAAGGUAGAGCUGGACUUGGAACGGGCAGGCAACCGUGCCAUCGUGCUGUGUCUUAUGAAGGCACAGCUGCGUCGUAGUACUACAGUGUGUGUAGCGUGAAAGAGGAGAAACAAUUUAUGACCAAUAGAACAAACAAAAGAAACACUUUCAAUCAAACAAUGAUGCGCCUCCAUGGAGUACAUGAUAACUUAUCAAAACUUGUUUAUUUUAUCUUCGUAUUUUAUGUUAGCAGCUGAUUAAUUUCAUAAGCAUCGAUUAGCAAUGUGUUAUUGAGCAUACAAAACGCACCUUUGAGUUGCGGUUGAAAGCGAAAAAAACUGCAGAAAUUGAAUUGUUGCUAAUGGAAAUUGGUUUACCACUGACGAGAUGAUGUUCAUUUAGCUACAUUUAUACAGAAAUGGAUUGUCGAAGCGUACAAUUACUAUUAAAGCUACUUGAAAGUUGAGAAAGAAUCAAAAACAACAAAUAAAUAAACGUAUAAGCAUAAAGCAAAACCAAUUACUAGGGAUAGGAAAUGAUCUUGCAAAGUAGUAGCAAAAAAGAGAAAAAAAAAACAAACAAACAAACCAAAUAGAUAAACUAAGGCUAAUUGAUAAAACCACACGUGCACCGUUCGAUGUAAAUUGUAAAACAAACACACACACGGAAAAGGUUAAGAAUAACGGGUGAUUCAAGAUGUAAAAUGAGAGUUUCAGGAAAUGUCUCGCUUUCAUUGUCGGUGACCGUUGUUGCAAUGCAGAUAGAAUUGAAACGAUAAAUGAUGGGUACUGUUCUGAAGAUAACGUAGCGUAACUAGAACAUAUGUUAUUGCUUCAAUUUUUCGUCUUAUUGGCAAAAA